AAAUAAACGAAUGACCUUAUCCUUAAAACUAUAGCUGACUGGCAGUUUUCUGCACCGCAUAGUCAUUCUCUCUACAGAGCAUUACUACAACAACGCAAAGACUAAACAGCGUUCUUAUUCUGCCCUUCACAGGCUUCCGUAGACAUUUCCCCUCAUUCUCCCGUAGUCUGCGGCUCUGCCAUCUGUGGUGAGAAGUACCCGUGGGCAGCUAUAUCAAAGCCAUGGAGCAGAUCAAUAAUAUUCAGGUGGUUCCUUGCACCAGCUCUAACUAUCUGAGACCGUUUAGGGUGCAUUACAACCAGAAUGGAACAAAGAAGUCCUGGGACUUUAUGCAAACCCAUGAUAGUGUCUCUGUGCUGAUUUUCAACACCACCUCACACUGUUUUAUCCUGGUCAAGCAGUUCCGCCCAGCUGUAUACAUGAGCGAAUGGGAGCGGAGCAAACCUAAGCCCCUGCAGCCUACGGAGGAAGAGUCAGCAGAACCCGCACCAACAGAAGCUAAAGUCCCGGAAGAGAACCAAGCAGGGGACUCAAGCGAAGAGACAUCAAGCCAUCAACCUCCAGCUUCGGCUGGUGUGACCUACGAGCUUUGCGCAGGCUUGGUGGACAAACCCAACCUUUCUCUAGAGGAGAUUGCCAGGCAGGAAGUGCUGGAAGAGUGCGGAUAUGAUGUGCCGGUCACUAAACUGAGAAAGAUCACGUCAUACAGGUCAGGAGUCGGAGUGACUGGAUCGAAGCAGACUAUGUUCUACGCAGAGGUGUCCGAUGAGAAUUGCGUCGGAGAGGGAGGAGGUAAACCCCAAGAGGGCGAAUUGAUCGAGGUGGUCAAAGUGCCCCUGCACGAAGCCAUGACCUUCGCCUUUGACGAGAGCAUCCCGAAAACAAUGGGUGUCAUUUUCAGCUUCAUCUGGUUCCACAGCAACAUGUCACCGAAGUACAAGAUCUCCACUAAUGUGUAACGUAACAGUUCCAAGCCAUCCUCUGAAAUACAAGUCAUUACAUACAUUUUUAUACGUAGUAAUCAAAAUGGUCACUAACUGUUCAUUUUUUUCGGGGUAUUUCUUACACUUUUAUCUGUUCGUUGUGGUUCUAGCUAUUGUCUUAUUUCAAACUGAAGCAGCACUUUUGUGCUACCAGCUUUCCACGGGAGCUGACACAUCCCAAUCGGUUAACCAUAGAACUGAAGAUGUUCAUUGAGAGUUUGUUUUGUGUAACCGAAUGCUUUGUUUUAAACAUGUCAGGAAUUUCAGCCAGCCAUUUGAAAUCACACCACAGCCCUUAAAGACUUUGUAACGGGGAUCUUUUCCACUCUUGUUAGAGAGGGACAGAUCUGAAAGACCGUGUUGAUACCAUCAGAGAGAGAACAUCAGACCUGGAUCAUUCGCAAUUGAAGCUGUACAAUGUGGUCAGAAAGGGACAGUAUAUAGCCAUAUUCCAAUUUUGCUGUUUAGAAUAACAACACUAAUUUUUGAAAUAAAUAAGCAAGUAAAUAAUCACAAUAACGAAUUUGAGUUUUAUGUAAACAACACAGGCAGCUACCCAAACGAGCCACUUCUUGAAAACAAUCAUUGACAGAAAAACAAUUACGCUCUUGCAUAUAUCUCAGGUCCAAAGCUGACUUUGGGAAAUUCAGGGUUAGUGACAAUGCUGAAAAAUACUGAAGUGUUUUUUUUAUUGCCGCUUAACAUUAAGUUGAUAUUCUAAGUGUGUUUUUGCACAGAAUUUAUGAAAUAUCUACUACAAAAACCUAAAGUAUGAGUACAGUGCUAGUACUACAGGUUUAAAGCUGCUUUGCCAUAAUCAUAAUCUUAACUGAAACAACGUUCUGACUUCUUUCAGAACUUAUGGAAUAGACUAUAUUAGGGGUGCAUGAGCUUGCCUGCUGAAAAAGUAGAAAUUAUUUUCAAACACCAUGUAGUGAACAAAAAGUAUUGGCUUUCUAAAGUCCAUGGAUUACUAUACUUGAAAAUCAUUUGUAUUACUGUUGCGGUUUACUGUAUGAAUAUAUAGGGUGAUUACUAUAAAUGCUUGAAUAUAAUCAAUAUACCCUCAAUAUUCUCCAUGAUACCUCCAAGAUUUGAGAGGCUGCUUGUAACUUCACUUACAAAUUUUUUAAGGUGAGCUGAAGCUUUCUGAAUCAGAUUCUUGCUCUUAAUUCAGUUCAAAUUCUCUUAAGCACAAAGCAUUCACUAGUUUAAUUGAUCGAUCGAUCGAUCUAUCAAUCAAUCAUUUUUCCUAUAUCUUGUUGGCUUAAUUAUUUUGUGAAGGAUAUUGAAGUGCACAAACAUUUGUUAAUGCUUUCUUUGUUCUUGUCUUGACAACUAUCACCUCCAUGUUAAAUAAAUUCAAUAUUAUCAGCUGAUUGGAUCUUAUUGUAAAGCAUUUCCUCUGUCCUAUCACUGUAUUUGGUCUAUAUUCUGUUGUGAUUGAGUGUUAUAACUUUAUCAAUACAUAUGGUCAAUGUGCUAAUUUACAAGUUACCAUGUUCAUAUAAUCAGACAAAAAGAGUGUUGUGGGAAGGACAAACAGGAUUGAUUUGGUCCACAAUGACAGUGUUUUUAACUUUAAGCACUCCUUUUAAAGUAUGCAAAUGAGACAUUUAAGAAUUAUGCAUUUGUUUUGGGAGCAUUAUUUCUUAUCACGAUGCCUCAGAUAUCAUCCCCUCAUUUUCUUAAUCUCUUCUUAUAAAAUAAACUCUAAAUUUCUUUGA